CGAGCCUAUGAUAGAGAGAUAUUAUCAUACACGGAUAAAGCCCAAAUAAAUAAGGCCCAACAAAAUUUAAUGAAAAGCGGGAAAAUCUAGAGAAGUCAAAAUAUUUCGUUAACUCCCAAUCUCUUCAGUGUCUCACACAGUUCCUUUCUAUGAAUCUUCAGUUUGAAGUACUCUCUUGUUGUUGAAUCCUCCUUAACGUCCCUUCGCCUCCCAUCAAAAUUUCAUCUGAAAGCCUCUGACUCAUGUGGAAGUUUCUCUUUUAAAAUUCCUCAAAUUUCCCCAAUUCACUGUUUCUAGGGUUUAUGAACUAUCCAACCUCUUAAAUCGGCUCCACCGAAAAUGACGAGCCACGGCGGCGUCGAGAGGAUCCAUAGAGUACAGCCGGAGAGAGAUUUGGUGGCGAAUUGGGAAGUUGAUUUGUCGGAGAAGCUAGAGGAGUACCUCCUCAAAAUCUGCUCCGGUGAAAUCACCGGAACUGAAGAAGAUUCGCCUGUCAAUUUCGCCGAAGGUGCUUACUCCAUUUUUUACCAAUUUGAUUUUGCUGGGUCAGUCAAAGAUUGGAUUUUUGAUGUGUUUUUGUUGUUGUUGUUAGCUGCUUUGCUGCUUCAGGGCUCGGUUCAGGUGUACAGCAAGAAAGUGGAGUACUUGUACAACUUGGUCUUACGUACUUUGGAGUUUCUAUCCAACCAAAGAGAGCAAGAAGAGUCCAAAGGUACGUCACACGAGGCUGAGGCAAGCUCCUCUCGUCAGGCUGAUGAAGAAGAAAAUGAUCUCUUCUGGAAUGUGGAUGACAUCCCAGUUGACGCAAAGAAUAGCUUGGACAACUCAGCUGGCGUAGAUUCAUGUUCGAGUCAGUUUGUCAAGCCUCCAGCAAAUCUAGUUGUUCUUGAAGGUGACUGCUUGGAUACUAGUGGUGACGGAGGAGAAUUGGAAUCCUAUCUGUUAGCAACUACACAUCUCUACCGAGACUUUAUUCUAUUAGACCCAUGUGAUGCUGUAGCGGUGAAUGAAUUUUUAGGUGGUAGCUAUGCCAGUGCCAGUAAAGGAAAGACCAGUUCUCACAGAGGCAGCUCAGGUAGGAAAAGUUUUCACUCACCACUAGGACGUUCUGGAGGAAGUGCCCGUAGAUCAUCUUUGGGAAAGAGUCAGAGCACCAAAGGUCCUGAUGCUCAGAACUGUGACCAAGGCUCUCAUCCUCUUCCUCCUGUCUUUGGAGAUGAUGAUCAUGGUUUUGACAUGGAUAACGAUGACCAUGGAGGAACCAUGGAUUUGUGUGAUACAGAUGCUGAUGAUGAAGAUGAUCCGUGGAAGCCGUUGAAUCCUUAUGAACAAGGGAAGUUGAAAGUGAAGCCUUUCAAAAAAGUGAAAAGUUUGAGGAAGUUCGGAGGGAGCCUUACCAAGGACCAUGUCACUUCCAUGUUUCCUCUUGCUAAACCCAACGGUCCCAUCAGUACAGAGCUCACCGGAGUUUGGGAGAAGCGCCGUCCUGCUAGUAAAGAUCACAGACAACCACAAGACAUUCCCUCUUACGAGAAGCUUCGUGCAUUGCUAGUUAAUGGAGGAAACCUACCUACUGAUGCUAACGGCAAUCACAAGGAUAGCCAUGAUGAAGCUAAUGAUGGCGACUUCCAUGAUUUUGGUGAUGAUCAUGAACCUGCGUUCAUGGAUGAAGAUGGUCCAGUUAUGAAUGAUGAUGGUGGACCUCCAGAUUUCCCCAAUUACGAUGGAUUUGGAAACGAAGAGGACUCACAUUGUCAAGAAAGCUUGGAAGAUCUUUGCCGCUCACACCUGGAUGCUCUUCUUGCAAACAUAGCUAAAAAUGAGAAGCAAACGGAUCUAGCUGCUCGUGUUUCAUCGUGGAAACAGAAAAUCGAGAAAAAUCUAGAAGAACAAGAGCUACACCCUCCUUUUGACAUUCGAGAAUACGGUGAAAGGAUUCUCAACAAGCUGACGGUUGAAGAUAGUGAACACGUCGAGGCCUUUACUGAUCUAAUGAAAGACCAAGAAAAGCACGAUGUAGCUCGAGCUUUCUCUGCGCUUCUCCAGUUGGUGAACAAUGGAGAGGUUGAUCUCGAGAAACCUGGCAACUCCAUAGGGGAGCCAGUGUGUUACACAGCGGCUAAUCCUUUCAGCGUUCGGUUGCUUGAAAGAAAGACUGAGAAAAGAGGAAUGGAGUUACCCCGGAAACGAGCUAAGUCCCCAAUAGGCAAAGGGAAAACUCACGAGUCACCACCACCGAAGAAGGCAAACACAACGUCUUCUGUGUCAAGCCAGAGGAGGAAAGUUCCGUUGAAGAUCAACAGUGUGGGGGCAAGAUGCGCCCCGAAGGGAAAGAAGAGAGGAAAAGGUCGAUCUGAUGAGUUGGUAGUAGUAGGCGAGGGAAGUGAAGUUUCUUCAGUUAAAAGCACUGUGGGAAGCUGAGAAAGGCUAAUGAUAGUGAGUGAACAGAUUAGAAUGUUGUUAGGUGUGUGGGAUUUCUAUCAGACAGUUACGAAACUCUUGUAACUGUCGGUUAUGUAAUUUAUGAUGAAGUCAUUGUCUGAAGUAGUAGUAGUAGUAUGUUGUAAUAACAAUGAAAUUCCACUUUUUCACGAUCUUUUAACAUAUUAGAGAGGCUGCUUUUGGAACU